AUGCUGAUAACAGAGUGGGCUACGUCAGCCCUUUGGGUGGCUGCAAUUCCCAUCACACAUAUCGUGUUUCCCAUAGCAUACUUUUUCUAUAGCCUUGUUCUACAUAUUUGGCUCAUUCCAGCAUUCCAAGUAUUGAAAGUGCUCAACUAUACUUUCAUAUAUCUUCCCUUCAAGCCAGUAUUUUACUGGAUGGAACUCGGGGAUCCAUCGGUGCUGACAUUGGUACAAACCUUCCCUCACUUCCGGUUCUUUAUCAUAAACAUGGUUCAUUAUCUUAUGGUCAGUGCGUUCUUUGGAAUCGUGGUAGGAGUAAUGACAGGGCUGUAUUUGAAGGUGAUCCAGUCCGUGUUGACAGUGGAUGAUGUGGAAAAUAAUGUGAGGUUGCAGCUGGUAACUGAAUCCAUCAAGUCUUCAAAUAAGAACAAAGCUAUGCCUUUUGUUGAAGAGUAUUUAAAGAAGAUAAACGAACCGGUUGCCAAGCAAGAACCAGAAUCAAAACAACUUUCCCAAGCAUUGAACAACAGUCUAACCUUUCAAACCAUCGUCAACAACAUAGCAUCGUCGGUACGCGGCGGACGCGCCAAUGAUAUGACAUUGGGCCAAGAGUAUACUUACGAAGACGACGAUGGGUACAAUUACUCUUCACUACCAUCACCUUCGAUAUCGCGAGAGGACGAUGUUAUUCAGGAAAUACGAAGUAGCAGAGAACUGCGAAGAGCUUCAAUUGUCACAGAGCCCUCCAUCAAGGAAGAGGAAGAGGAAGAAGAAGAAGAAGAAGUGAAGCACGAAAUUGAACCCAUGGUCGAAAGUGAUAAUGUUUCUUCCUCCAGCACCCACCGUAGCGACAAGAGCAAAAAAGACGACGAUGUGUUCUCUAUGAGAAAAAGAAAGGUUCUGGAUUCCACUAAUGAAACAGUCGAUGAUAAGCCAUGA